UAAGAAGGCUUCUACGUUGUAUGGAACGCUCACAUAUUAUAACGUUGUUGCUCGUAAGGGAUAUCUGAAAGACUAGAACAAUCGUUUGCUCCCGAUACGACUUGUGAUCCAAAACAAAGAGCCUAAGUUACGAAGUUUCGAGUUACCUCUAGGUUAAUGGUAGAACCUACCGAGGAACCUUCCUGGCAACUACUUUUACCUAAAGGUGGCUUGUGGCGGGCAUCACGUGGCGGAAUUGGAUUCGCACUAGCAGAAGAAGUAGACGCCUUGGCGUGCCUGAGGCUGCUUCAAGCGAAAGGACUCCUCGCCCGUCAUCCCGCGCCCGUCCCACUACCCUUAUUACAAUUUCCCACUUCCAGCACAUCGAGCCCAUCGAAGCGAAACACUCCAUCGUGAGCGUGCCGAAGACAUCCGAAUUUGACAUCAAGAUAUGAAUCGCGCCGGCAAGCUUGCCCCCGAGGUAAAUCGCUACAACGUGACACCAGAGGAACUCUUCGAUCUCUUCGGCAAGUUCGGGCCCAUUCGCCAGGUCCGCCAGGGCAUCGCGACGAAUACAAAAGGCACAGCGUUUGUUGUCUAUGAAGACGUAAUGGAUGCAAAACAAGCUUGCGACAAGCUAAACGGCUUCAACUUCCAGAACCGCUACCUUGUUGUACUAUACCACCAGCCAGAGAAGAUGGUCAAGUCAAAAGAGGACUUGGAGGCCCGCAAGGAGAAUUUAGAACGCCUAAAGAGACAACAUGGUAUCGAUUGACGAUUAGACGGGCCUGCUGAUGGCCUUCA